GAAGGCUGAACGCAGCGGUGAGCCCUCAGCUGCUCGCAGUCCUGCUCAGUCCUGCGCUGGCAACGCUGAACUGGCGGCUGCAACUGCGAGAAACUUAUUUUUCUGCCUUCCCUUUGUCGAAGAUGACCUAACUUCGAAAGAGCCUCUGCUGGCCAGGGAUCAGCUGAAGUGUCCUACCUCCACCUCCACCAUCAUCAGCACUCGAGGGCUGCACUGCAGAUGGGAGGUCAAAUACCUUCCACCCUCAUCUAACAUGGCUGCCCGUGGCCUUCUUCUGCAUCAAAACAGACUGGAGCAGAGCUGUGCAUUACCAUGGUGAUCAUCUUCUUGAAAACACUGGAAAAGAAGAAGGGAGUCAGUGAUGUAAGGUGCAAAAACAUCGAGAGACGGCUGCGUGACCUCCACACCAUGAGCAGAGGGACCACCCUCUUCUCCUGUGGAACUGUGGAGGCAGAUAGGUGGCUGGACCUCGGUCAAAGCUGUGCCAUCCAGCAGAGAGCUCCCUGCCAGUCUGGUGCCAGUCUGGAGAGCCUGUGGGAUGUGAUGCCUGAGCCGGGGAGCUGGCACUGGGCCAAGGAGCCAGGCAGUGCCACAGCAAUCACCAGUCUGAUAAGAGACCUCAGCCUCGGUGACGGCAGCGUGACCAGCCCCCACUCCCACACCCCGUCCACCACUGCACACUACACCAUUACACCUACCAACCAAGCUCCUACGGCACCUCCAAGCAAACGUCAGUGUCGCUCCCUGUCUUUCUCUGAUGAAUUCAGUGGGUCACGCUCAUCUUGGAGGCCCCAAGUCUCCCGGGUGUGGACAACGGUGGAGAAACGCAGGUGCCACAGUGGAGGAAGUGUCCGAGGAGGUGGGGGUUUCUCCAGCGGCCAUUUUCCUUCCAUGCAGCGUAGCUCCAGCUUCAGUUUGCCCUCACGCUCCCACAUUCCUUCAGAUGGAGCCCUGGACCUGCCAUUCUUCAACCAGCAACUGCCUCUCCACCCUCAAUUCACUGCCUCUCCAGUCUCCCCUACCUCGCCUUCCUCGCAUAAUCACCACUCCCGCCAUCACCACUUCCUCAGGCCUCUCUCCCUCUCCCAUGAGCAGAUCAGCCUGCCAGAGCUUCAGUGGGCAGAGGCGUCGGAGGCCAGCUCUCCAGACUCCACCCCAGAACUGGGGAGGCGAGCCGUCCCGAGAGCCGGGGGUACGGGGUGUCUGUCUCGGAGCAGGUCCCAGCCCUGCGUGCUAAACGACAAAAAGAUUGGUAUGAAGCGCAGGAGACCAGAAGAUGCCCAGGAGCAGCGGCCCUCCCUGGACCUGGCAAAGAUGACUCAGAAACUUCAGACUUUUCAGAGCUUGAGCUGCCCCGGAUUCUCGGCCACCGAUGGCUGCCAAUCAAGCUUGUCCCCUCCUACCUUUGAACCCUCCAGCCAAAUAGAGUCAGACUUCACUGCUGUUCCCGAGCUGGGUCUGGAGUCACGGCAGGAAGUGGCAGAAGAUGAUGAGGAAGAGGAUUCAUCUUACGAGGAGCUGGAUAGCGACUCUGCUUGUAGCGUGGACUCACGGCCCGGUUCUACUCUUGAGGGCAUUGUGGGCGGUAAACGCACCCUCUGGAAGGGUGACCGUGGGACACAGAGGGACAUUUUCCAGCUCGGGGGAGAGCUGGAUCUUGACCAGAUUGAAAGGAACUGAACAUUUUACAGGAGAAUUUUGUAGAAAGGUAUUGGACAUUGAUGUACCAAGAGAUGACCAAGAAGAAGGGCUGUGGGGGGAAGAAAAGGUAGAGGAGUUUUUUUGUUAACUUUGAAAGGGAAAGACAAGGAAAGUGAUAUAGAUGAUAAAGGAUUAAGUAUGUUGUCGGAUUGUUUCUUAUCGACGCAUUUGCCUUGAACAUUCUUACUGUUUGAAUCAAAAAGCAGUGAACUUAGUUGUUUAUUGGGUAUUGAGCUUAACUCAGGAGUAGGAAAGUGAGGGUUAUUCUUAAAAAAAACCCAGCCCCCACUGUUUUUUCAACCUGAUGACCUUUCCAAAGUCAGCUAACCUUAGAUUUGUAGUACUGUAGCAGUAGCUGGGCUCUCCUGUAUGUAGCUUGACACUUUUUUUGUUCAGAGAAAGUGGGGGCGUCAAGGAUGGAGUGAAACAGGGAGGGGUAAACCACAGGAAGAAGUGUCUUUUCACAGACUUACCUUUGACCUUCCUCUUCAUCUUUUGUGCACACUUGAAAAUCUGAUUUAAAUUUUUUGCUGAAUGUAUGCUCAAUAAGCUUUAUGAGGAGUUUGGAAAAUGAUAGUGCCUUCUUUUGAAUGCUUGCGCUCCCUGUUCUCGUCAAGAAACUGGCCUCAAUCGAAGCCACCUUUUCUGACUUUUUUCAUAGUUUCUUAAUAUGCAAAUUGUAUAUUUGAAUUCAACGCUGAAAUUCAAGUUUUCAGUUGUAAUAUCAAUGUAUAUUUUUCUAAGUAACAUUUUUUUGAGCUUUUUUGUGAAGGAGAAAGAAAACAAGGCCUUUGUUCUAACGGAAUAGACAUGAAAUAAAUGUACAAUCUGCACUCA